AUGGCGGAGGCUCUGAGAGCAGAUGGUCCAGGGUCUGCGGUGUCGGGGGCUUCCACGAUCCCCGUCCCCGCGAUCGUCACGAGCGACCCCUCGGGUUCAACCACCAACGACGCGCAUAACAGCUUUGCGGACGAGUCCAGUCCCAUCACGCCGGUGCGGUCUGGAUUGCUCCGAUCCUCUCAGUCGUUCCCAAUUGGUUCUGCGGCCUCCGAUGUUGCCUCUGGUUCGAGUGGAAACCUACAGGAUGCGAAGAAGCCUGUGCGACCAGGGCCUGUAUAUGGCUCGAGCUCUGGGCUCGUUGGCAGGAAUUCCACUUCCUCGCCGACCGUCCUGGAGAGCGCCGACUCGAGCGCGAUUGAUCCAUUGUCACAACAUAUAAUCAAGCGCACCAACACCCAGAAAUCGAUUCCGCUCAGGCUAUUGGGGAGAGCAUCUUAUGAGGCUGAGGCUGGCGGGUCAGACAAGUACAGCCCGAUCGAGCAGGGUCCGAGCCGCGACCUUUCGCUGCAGAAACCUCCCAAAGAGAAGAAAAAAGGAGUCUCUUUCCUGAGCCGGAUAAUCCCGGGGAAGAAGAAGGACAUAUUCUCCGAUGAAGAGGACAAUGUAUCAGAAAUGGGUAAUGGCCGGAACGAUGCCCAAGUCGUUGCGCAGCCGAUAGGGUUUUUCCCGAAAUUUCCGCCACCUCCAAAGUACAUUCGAGUCAAAGCUCACUAUAAGAAAGAGAAGACCUUCAAUCGGCUUUUUCAAGCCCAAGAACUGGAAGGCGCCGAUGGCGCGACAUUGCCGGAUGACGAUGAACGCCCCGGAACGGACACCUCUCAUGGCAGUAAAUCUGCGGGCAAGGCAGUAUGGGCAUUGGUAUUCUCCAAGGACGGCAAGUACCUCGCGGCCGCCGGUCAAGAUCGAAAGGUUCGAGUUUGGUCAGUAUUGGGUUCGCCGGAAGAACGAGACUCGAGUGAAUCUGAAGGGGAAGAGGAUGAUGUCUCGCGAUUGAAGGCGCCUGUAUUCAAACAGAAACCGAUCCAGGUGUACGAUAGCCAUACCGGAAGCAUCCUUGAUUUGAGCUGGAGCAAGGUAAGUCGCUCUCUUUCCAAGGUUUGA